AUGUUUUUAAUCUUCUUAGCACUCGCGGAAUCCAGGCGUUUCAGAGGCGAUGACCGUCAUCAACACAAGGAAUGCGAAAAGCCAUCAUUUUUACUUCCAAAUCGUCAUCACAAAGACAGAUGUCCAAAACCAUCUCCAAAGCCUGAGGAGCCAGAUCAUUCCAAACCAUCACCAGCACCAAAACCAGCUCCAAAGAAUCAAACACAAGGCUAUGCAAACAAGACUAAAAAGAACAACACAAGAAAAUACGAUAAUGACCUCGGAAUUCCACUUAAUGGAGACCCACUCCUUAUCUGCUUAUUUGCUGGUAUUGUUGGAUUUGGUUUCUUCAUCCUUACAGUUUACGUUCUUUAUCGUAUUUAUCGCUGCUAUUAUGGCAGAAAUGAUGAAGAACAGAACAUUCCACCAGUCCACUAUGGAGCUCCUCCAACUCAGCCAUCUAACCAAGUUCACCUUCUUAACGAUUAUCCAGGAAAUAUCCAAAUUCCACAACGCCCAGUUAUCUACGUAAUUCCAGCUCCACAGGCUGGCUACCAGUACCAGUAUCAGGUUCCACAGCACUUCCAAGCUCAACCACAACCAGCUGCUCCAAAGCAACAGAAACCAGUCGUUUCUCCAGCUCCUGCUCCAGCCAAAUCACCAGUUCCAGCUCCUCCAAAGCAGCAAGAAGUAACUGUUAAGUACGGAAUUCCAUCAGCUUCUCAAGCUCCAGUUUAUGUUCAAUACUCACCAUCCCCAGUUCAGAACCCUUAUGAAUCUAACUAA